AUGGAAGAUCAAAGAACUGAACUAGAGUUUGAUGAAUUUGAGAAGCUUCUCGGAGAGAUACCAAAUGCUACUUCCGGAAAUCAGCAUUCUGCUGAUGCUGGACCUAAAAGUGCACCUCUAAAUGUUGGCUUGGCACCCAUUUCUGUGAAUUCCUGCAAGGGGACUUUUAUUGAGAAACUUGAAAGCAAUGGGAGUGUGAAUGGCAGACAAAUUUUGGCAAAUAAAACUCAACAAUCUCCUAUCAAGAAUGUUCAGUCAGAGGAAGCAAAUUUGCCAGAUGACCAAUCCCUGACAUCUGCAUUUGCAGAAUUGAGUUUUAAUACCGGGAGUGCUUUGGCGAAUUGUAAAUCGUUACCUAAUCCUGCUGUAUAUACAAACACCAUGAAUAGUUCACUCUCCAAUUCAUCAGUGAUUGUUGCCUCUCCUUUCCAAUUACCAAAUAAUUUAGCUUCUGGUUUUGACAAGUUUAAUGUUGUGAAAGUUGGCCAAGAACAGUCAAAUUUCUUAAAAUUUGAUGCCCGAGAACUGAAGAAGGUGCCAGCUGAUUUUUGUCAGCCUCAGCCAUUUGAAAACUUCUCCACAGCCUUGCCACCAACUCAUGGCAUGCAAGGUUUUCAAUUGCUUUCCAAUGUGGCUGUCACAGGCAUGGAUUUUCCAUUAAUGUCUGAUCAUCAACAAUAUUUCACUGAUGUCCAGUCUUCCCUUCCUUACUUGCAUUCACAACAGUUAAACCAGUCUCACAUUAGCUGGAGGAAUAUUGAAGAAGAACAAUAUUACAGGAUGCAUCAGCAAUACCUAUAUCUGCAGCAACUCCGUAAUCAAAGAUUGGAAGCUCAGAGUCCUAUUCGAGCAAAUGGAAAUGUUGCAACCAAGCUGACGAGUCGGAAUGUGAGGCAACCAUAUUUGGAGGUGCCAUUCUCUCACCAACUUCAACAAUCUAAUCAAGAACCAUUUUGGAGCAACUACACAGUCACAAGGGGUUUGAACCAAUCACAGAAUGGUGUACGUGUUUUGGACAAAGUAGGAAAACAGAGUUUUCCUGAAAAGAUUCUGACAAGGUCACAAGGACCGAACACACUGAAAGCUUUGAGGUUUGGCUCAGUUGGAGGCAAUGAAUCACUUGCUCAUCUCAACCAUAAUGGGAAACUUCUAUCAAAUGCUCACCUUCGCCAUAGUCUAUCUACUCCUGCUGCUGGGUGCUUUCAGCUAGAUCAUUUGAACUCAUGGAAUUUUUCCCCUGACUUUACAGACCUAAAAAGUACUAAUAUCAGGCCUCAGCUUCUGCCUCUGAAGUAUAACUCAGUAGAUGAAGUAACUGGUAGAAUAUAUCUCAUGGCAAAGGACCAGCAUGGUUGCCGCUUCUUGCAAAGAAAAUUUUCUGAGGGAACCCCACAAGACGUGGAGAAGAUUUUUCUUGAGAUUAUUGAUCACAUUGUUGAGCUGAUGACAGACCCUUUUGGGAACUACCUGGUUCAGAAGUUGCUUGAAGUAUGCGAUGAGGAUCACAGAAUGCAAAUACUUCGUGCUAUCACUAGAAAAGCUGGGGAGCUUGUUCGGAUUUCAUGUGAUAUGCAUGGGACUCGAGCUGUUCAAAAGGUUAUCGAAACCCUUAAGACUCCUGAGCAGUUUUCCAUGGUUGUCUCUGCUUUGAAGCCUGGUAUAGUGGCUUUGAUAAAAAAUAUGAAUGGUAACCAUGUAGCACAGCGCUGCUUGCAGUAUUUGAUGCCUGAAUACAGCAAGUUCCUUUAUGAAGCUACGACUGCUAAUUGUAUUGAACUCGCAACUGAUCGUCACGGCUGUUGUGUACUUCAAAAAUGCCUAAGCCAUUCUGAAGGAGAGCAAAGAAGUCGUUUAGUAUCUGAGAUCACAUCAAAUGCCUUAAUCCUUGCACAAGAUCCUUUUGGUAACUAUGUCGUGCAAUUUGUCUUUGAGCUUCUUCUUCCGUGGGCAACAACUGAUAUUCUUGAUCAGUUGGAGGGUCAUUAUGGGGACUUGUCUGUUCAGAAAUAUAGCAGCAAUGUGGUCGAGAAAUGCCUAAAAUAUGCAGGCGAGGAGCGCCGUGCUCGUAUUAUUCGGGAGCUGAUAAAUAAUGCUCACUUGGAUCAAGUCAUGCAAGAUCCUUUUGGUAAUUAUGUUAUCCAGGCAGCUUUGGAACAAUCAAAGGGAGCUCCUCAUGCUGCACUGGUGGAGGCUAUACGACCCUAUGUUCCGACUCUUCGAACUAGUCCUUAUGGGAAGAAAGUCCUAUCUGGUCAUAAUUUGAAGAAGUAA